CAAGAUUAGAGGGGUGUCACUCGGAGGCGGAGUUUUGUAAAAAUGGUUGCGCCCGUGCGGGCGCGCCGCUUCUUCCUGGCGGGAGCGCUUAUGAGUACUGUCGGAGUUCGAACUACCGCUUUCUCCAAGACGCGUCCUGUUCGGAACUUUUUUUUGGCUGCCGAUACCCAGCUUCUGCAGAGCGAUCGUGUGGGACGCAAGAUUACAGUUCGCAGACGACAUCUUCGGACUACCAGCGAUUUCAAUAGCGCUCCCAGGAACGUCGCGGAACUUUCCGACAGUAAAAACAGCAUUGUAGCUGCAGACCCGGAAGUCCCUGACCACGUUGACGAUGCCGCUUAUGCAGAUAUCAUCCGCGAAGACAUGGCGCAUUGCUGGCGCGGCUACAGGGCGAAAGCGUGGGGACAUGACAACGUCAAGCCAGUGAGCGGUCGCGGAGACGACUGGAUCGGAUGGGGGGUCCAGAUCAUCGAGUCCCUGGACACUCUCUACCUCAUGGGUCUGCAAGGCGAAUGGCGGGAAGGCGUCAAUUUUCUGCUGAGCGACCUCGUCAAAGGCCAGUACGCAGAAGCGCUGCGCAAGGGGCCACAAACAAUGUUUGAAAUCGUAAUCCGUGCACUCGGAGGUCUCGUCUCGGCAGUAGACCUAGCGCAGGACGAUCUACGGAUGCUAAAGCGAGUGAUGGAGUCACGGAACUCGACUAAGACAGGUGGGGCACUAGUCUUAGAACAGAAUGAAAGUGACGUGCAUGUUCUCGAGAGAGGAGCACAUCGAUCCGGCAGCUCGUCUUCCAGAAGCCGGUUUCUUGCUACAACUGAAGACGCGUCGUUGGGCUCAAGGCUCUCGGUGUGUCGCGCAGAUGUCGGCGAUUUAGCCUCACGACUGCAGCAUCUGGCGCUAGAUCUCGGUCGAAAAGUGCAGCGUGCGUGGCACACACCAGCGCAAGUAUUGCCGGACGAAGAAAUCAGCCUAAAUGGGCCCGAUGCUGUCGGCGGACGUGCUUUUCUGGCGGAAGUAGGCAGUAUUCAGAUGGAAUUUCGAGCGCUGAGGGCUGCUACAGCAUUAUGGUUUGCUUGUUGCACAAGUGUAAAGCUUUUUACCUCAGAAAAUACAUAGAUGCGUAUGCCUAUCUAAAUCCUCCUGAUCGAGACUCUACAAGCACCAUCAGCGCUCCAGAGCGGAACGUAGCCUUGACUCUUGCGUCUGAGGGCGAUCGCGUACUCGACGACAUUCUGGCUAGCGGACAGGGUGGUAACCCCGAUGGUAGUAGACGGCGGGUCUACAUGCUUGAUACAACAAGUUUGGAGGGAGCGGCUGAUCGAUCCUCUUCCACUGCAGAUGAAUCCGAAGAUGCAAUCGCCGCAGCGACAGCCGCAGACCUAGCUGCUCUAGUGCCGGUUUCAAAAACUGCUUUUCACAAAACUGCUGAAGUUGUGGCUCCGCCAGCCGGUUCUCUGGUUGUGAAGAGAAGGAAGAGCAGUACUACACCCAGUAGUGGGACUUCGAAGAGGAACCAAAGCCUCUCGGGUGAUCAUCGAGCAACAACACAGAAAAGCGUAGUUGUUGAGAACCCUCUUGCAUACCAGAAGCAGAGCCAACACAAAUCAUCUUCAUCGUUACUGGUUACAGAGCCACCAGGUUUAGUCGGCGACGAAUUGUUUUGGGAUCCGGGCUCCAAACGCAUGCUGUUUAGUGGUCGGGUCUCGGUAUCGGCGCAAGCGGAUAGUUAUUUCGAGUACCUCCUGAAACUAUGGAUUCAAGGUGGCAAGCGCGACGACCGACUGUUGGAAGCGUUCCGGAACUCGAUGCGGGACAUGCGAGAUCGCUUAGUGCGUUACAGUUCAACUACCAGUGUUGUUGAUGAGGACCAAGAACAUGGUGGAUAUUCAUCCGCAGAAGUAGAGGCACCAACGGAAACUCUGGGGGAGACUCCUUCCGCCUCAGCUCCAGCUACCCAAGACGCCCUGAAAAGGGAGCUGCAACAAGGUGAAACGGCUUUUUUGGGUUUCGAGGAUUAUCCUGGAGGGCCUCUGGAGCGCAGAAUGGACCACUUGACAUUAAGGGAUUCUGUUUGCACUUUCAUUCAAUGAAGGUUUUCAGAAUGUUGAUCGUGCUACUAAAGGGAACAAUCGUCGUGUGGGAAGUCAGUACUUACAAUUUGAAUAUUUAUCUGGUCGUCUCAAGUUCUGUCUCGUUCUUCUUAAAUGCAAGUGGGUACAAAAGCGGUCUUCUUCUAAUCACCUGUUUUAUCCCUGGUUUGCUAGCUCUAGCAUCCCAUGAGGUACCAGAUCCUGAUCCAGAAUGGCCACGCUUGUCUCGAGGCCUGAUGAAAGGGUGCGUGAGAAUGUACGUCGAACAGGAGUCUUUUGGCUUGUCACCCGAAUACAUCUGGUGGGAUGAGAGGGACAAUCGAAUAGCUUUCCCGACACGCAGUCAAAAUCCGGAAGGAAGUCAAAACCUCCUUCGACCAGAAACACUGGUUAUGGCUUUUUGAUCAUCAUAUUGAUGGAUAUUGAUGACCUCGGACGGUGAAAGCCCUUAGCAUACGGUGAUCAUGGAAGAUAUUAUCAGGAGCGCAUUGCACGAAGGUAAGUGCUUCCUCACUCCUAAAAUCGUAACGUCCCACCUAAAAUCAUCAACAGAGGCCAAAUGAGCUUUCUUACACGCUCUAAGCUAAAGUCCCUUUACUAUCUGAGCCGUUUUGCCGACAACCCGACCGAUGCGAAGCGCUACAAGCAUUAUGGUCGUUUUAUUCUCGAUCGACUGAGGAAGAAUAGUAAAACUCGCUACGGGUAUUCAAGCGUAGACCUGCUGGAUGGCACAAAAAUGGACUCGCAGGAAAGCUUUUUCAUGGCGGAGACCCUCAAGUAUGGUUAUCUGCUUUUACGGACUGGGUGUGUGCAAGUGAAGUGUUUUUCUUGUUAUACUGUUUUCCAUUUUUAUUAGGCAACAACAUGCGCCUAGAAAUUUCAAGUCAGCGCUUCUUUCACCUCUUUGGAUUCAGCCUCACUAAAGCGAAAUAGGGUGAGCGAGAGGAGAGCAGAACAUGAUAGAGAACACGGCAUGUACCUACUUCUAACCCUGUUCGCACCCCGGGAUACCUUGGACCUUAGCCGAUUCGUACUCUCGACUGAAGCGCAUCCUUUUUUGCGCUCGCCGGACACUGCAGCCCUCCAAGCAUUAAGGAACUACAAUCACUAGAUCAUGCUCACCAGGGAGGGUUAGACAUGAAGUACAUCACCAUGACCAAGCACUCCGGAAACACUAUGGCAGGCUUCUCUCUCACUCCACGUGGUCGUUCUGUGAGUGUCUAGAAUGAGUCAUUUAUUCGAAUUGGUGCCUUAUACCAUCUCAACAGCAAUAUCAAUAGGGAUUACGUAUCAAGGUCGUUGUUCUAAAACUAGCUACUCAGGAUCCUGAGGCUGAGGAGGCGACCGCUGUAGCACAUGUGUCGCGUGUCUGCUCUGUAUCGCAAUCCUCGGCGAAGUCACGAUUAGGAAACGGGCACAAGGCGCAACGGGCGGUAGGAACGCCCGAAGACUGGGGUCAAGAUUUUCUUAGUGCAAUGUUUGCGCGAUAG